CGUCACGGUGUCAGACAGUCGAAGGGAGCAGGUUGCAAGAGUCGGAGCUUUACAUAGUCAAAUACAGUUGGUUGCAGCUUGUAACCGGACCUAACGCACAAGCUGGAAGGUCUCAGCGCAGAGUGGGUGCCCAGGGAUCCACUGCCCGGCUGUGGCGAGAGCAGCGGCCGAGACCCCCGAGACAUGAACAAGGGAGACAAGGGUGGCCUGGUGAUCUUCACCGCCAACUCGCACGCCUCAAGCCGCGAGUUGGGCAAGAAAAUUGCAGAGCGGUUAGGUGUGGUGCUCGGCAAGGUGCAGGUGUACCAGGAAGCUAACAGAGAAACGCGGGUACAGAUCCAGGAGUCGGUGCGAGGCAAAGAUGUUUUCAUCAUCCAGACAGUGUCCAAGGACGUGAACACCACCAUCAUGGAGAUGCUGAUCAUGGUGUACGCGUGCCGGACGUCGUGUGCUCGCAGCAUCACCGGCGUCCUCCCCUACUUCCCCUACAGCAAGCAGUGUAAGAUGAGGAAGAGGGGAUCCAUUGUUUCUAAGCUUAUCGCCUCCAUGAUGUGUAAAGCUGGCCUCACCCACCUCAUCACCAUGGACCUGCACCAGAAGGAGAUUCAAGGCUUCUUCAACAUCCCCGUGGACAACUUGAGAGCUUCUCCGUUCCUGCUCCAGUACAUCCAGGAAGAGAUCCCCGACUACAGAAACGCUGUAAUUGUUGCCAAAUCCCCAGCUUCAGCCAAAAGGGCUCAGUCGUUUGCAGAGCGUCUGCGUCUGGGCAUCGCUGUGAUCCACGGUGAAGCUCAGGAUGCCGAGUCGGACCAGGUAGACGGACGACAUUCCCCUCCUACGGUUAAGACCACCGGAGCCAUUCACCCCAGCAUGGACAUCCCAUUGCUGAUCCCCAAAGAGAAGCCUCCCAUCACCGUGGUAGGAGACGUAGGAGGACGCAUCGCCAUCAUCGUGGAUGACAUUAUCGACGACGUGGACAGCUUCGUGGCCGCAGCAGAGACACUCAAGGAAAGAGGAGCCUACAAGAUCUUUGUCAUGGCAACGCACGGCCUCCUCUCCUCUGACGCUCCCAGGUUUAUAGAGGAGUCUGCUAUCGACGAGGUGGUGGUGACCAACACGAUUCCUCACGAGCACCAGAAGCUCCAGUGCCCAAAGAUCAAGACGGUGGACAUCAGCAUGAUUCUGUCGGAGGCGAUCCGGCGCAUCCACAACGGAGAAUCCAUGUCCUACCUGUUCAGAAACAUAGGACUGGACGACUGACCGGUCGUCCCGUCCGCCCUCGCAUGUUUGUGUCUGUCAGGACUCUCCCUCCUCCCAACCCACGCCUCAACCGUUACUAACUAGUCCGGAUCUGUGCUGGAAGGUUUAUCCCAUAGCCCGGUGUAGCCGCUCACAGAUGGAAACAUUCACACCACUAACUGUCUUUCUGUAUUUAUGGGGACUUAAAGUGUCUUCUUACCCUUUAACCUUAGUCGUCACAUUUCUAAAACCUCUCUACUGAAACAUGUUUACUAACCCAUAAAGGCAGUAAAACAACCCCCCCCCCCUCAAAAGAUGAAUAGCAUUUGCCUUCUCACACUUCUCCAUUGGCAGGAAGUAAAACACCAAAAAGGGAAAAGCUGCACAGACGGACACGUGAAUCUGAACUUUCUCCAGCGAGUGUCGCUUAACAGACGUCGGUUACGAAUGCUCGUUUGUUCGUACUUUCUCUGAACUCUGUCCCUUUGUCCUUUGCUCCUGUUGUCAAAUGGCUCAUUCUCUACUUUAACUCUUUUUUUUGUUGCUCUCCAUAAAAACAUGUUUAGAUGUUAAAUCUUUCUGUGGUAUCUCACAUUUGUCUGAAUGUCUCUAACUACUAAGAUUGUCCUGCAAUAGUCUGUGCCUUCUUGCAGGACUUGCACAGCUCAGGCCUUCGUGGUCGGACGCCAUUGUCGAUGAGCAGAUUUCAAUCUUUAAAUCCAUAUCUAUGUUUGUCACUCGUGUCGUCUCUCAUGCAGACAGCACGUAUAGUUAGACCGGUACUAACUAGCCACAUGUCUGUGUACUCGCCAUUACAAUAACGAUUGUUUAGGUGGAACUGGGAUGAAGUGAAAACAUCUGUCUUGUGAAUCGGUGUGCCUGUGUUUUCAUUAGUCAUUAGAGCUUUACGUGCCAUCAUUCCAGCGCUUCCUCCUGUAAAAUAUUAGACUGCCAGAAGACAAACAGCCUGUGAUGUGAGCUGAAGCGGCCGGGCCGGUGGCCCCCGGUCCCGGUUUCCCUGCUCCAACGUCACGCACAACUGUUUUCUUCCACAUUAUUCAGCUCUAGAUUCGACCCAUAAGUCACUUCAGACGGGUCGUAGGAGAAGGGUUGUUCCUGAACCUUUAAAGAGAUAAAAACUAAUCUUUUAUCCUCAGAUCAGUGGGAAUGACAACCAUUUAGUUUGCCAAAACAAGUUGCAGAAAAGCUCCAAAAAUAGUCAAAUGAAAGUUGUUCUGACGAUCAAAACUUGAGUAAAACAGGUUUUUGUUACUUUGCCAGAUGUUGCAAAAACAUUUUGUAUUCAUUUUCAGGAUUUAUUGUGAAUAAAGAUGACCUAUUUA